CUGCUAUACAUAUCUGUCAACAGUUGAUUUGGUGUAAAAAGAAGAGUGUCACUAGGAGCUGGGAUAUCCUAUUUUUUCUGCAUGUAAUUGAUUUAAAACUAGAAAAUGUUCUACAAAAAUUUAAAUAAUUUCCAUACAAAGUUUUAAACUGGAACGACUAUAAGUUUGAGUAUAUCGGUUGGAAUAUGUGAAGAGUUUUCACGUUCUUAUCAAGUCUUUGAAAUAUACCUGUGUAUAACAGAAAAGGCAACUUUCGUAGGCUCAUUAAUUUAUGCAGCAGAAGAAGUAAUUUAUGUGCAAUGUCUACAAAUUGAUAAUAUGUACUUACAUGUGUAAAUGUUAAUAUAUGUAUUAACAUAAUGUGUGUAUAUUAUGAUUAGAAUGCGGUGGAAAGCGAAGUUAAGGUUUACCGAUUUUCCUGUGCUUUCAUGAACUUGGCGAAUGAGUCGAAAAUUAUGGGCCAGCAUGGUCGCUAAAUCUAUCAUGGAUUCCCCAAAUCGAAUGGAUACGUACAACGAGAAUGCUGCAAUGAAACCGCCCCCCAUAAAUAAGCCUACUGAGCCAUUCCAAACCUAUUUGCGUCCCGACGUCAAUAGCGUUAGUGCGGAAGAUCCCUUUGGGCAAUAUCUUAGAAAUACGGAUCCACUUCUGUUGAACGACAUGGACGCCAAACAAUCAUUGGAUUCUAUGAAACAACAAACCAGCACGCUGGAGACAGUUAGUUACCCCAGUGUUGGUGAUACUGGCUAUCCCAACGAUCAUUAUGGACCGAAAAGGAAGAAAGAUACUGAAAAUGAUGAUAUCGUAGAUGCACGAAAACUGAGUAACAACAUGUCUGCUGAGGAGAAAAAGACUGCAAACAUGCGCAAAAAUAUACGUGAAGUCUUUGACGAAAACCAAUUGGAUACGAAUACCCUAGCUGCCCAGCGGGAGGAAUCUGAGCGUUUGGCUCGCGUUGCGGAACAACAGAAAAUCAUACGUGAAACUCAACGUCAAGCGGCAGUAAACAGAAGUUUUGUGCGCACCCAAAAUAAAGUACUUUCCCUACUACAAAGUGGCACAACUUUCGCAAAGGUCACCAGUGAAACCCCAUUCGAAGAAAUUGAUACACCUUCAACUGAGUCUGAACUAAAUGCCAGCUCACAAUCUUUAUCAAACAGCGUUGGCGAUAAACUGACUAAUAAGUUGGAAACUGAGACAGUUUCAAGCAAGGAAAUUGCACCAAUAUCAACAACACCAAUUGAUGAUGAAGAUGCUGUGAAGCCUGCGGAGGAACAGGUCAUCAGUGAUGUAGUUACAAUAGAAGAUAGCUCAUCUGAGGAUGAUUGCAUUAUGUUAUCCGACGAUGAAGAGGACCUGGAAGAUGAAGAGGAGGCAGAUGAUCCAGGCAAUAGUGGUUUGCACGUAAAAGAUGCGUACAAUAUUCCCGAUGAGCAAGGACGCGUCUUGGUCAACAUCGGACAUCCAGAAGGUGAAGAUGACAUUUUCGUGGCACCACAAAUAGCCCGAACUAUAAAACCACAUCAAAUUGGGGGUGUACGAUUUCUCUUCGACAACAUUAUUGAAUCAACAAAACGUUUCAAGAGUUCCAGCGGAUUCGGUUGUAUUCUAUCACAUUCAAUGGGUUUGGGAAAGACGCUUCAAGUGAUUUGUUUCUGUGAUAUCUUCCUGCGGCAUACACCCUCCAAAACAGUCCUCUGUGUGAUGCCUAUUAAUACUUUGCAAAAUUGGGUAUCUGAAUUUAACAUGUGGUUACCGAAAUACUCCGACAAUCCCGAAAAUGUACGACCCCGCCAAUUCGAUGUUUUCAUACUCAACGAUCAACAUAAAACUUUGACCGCUCGCGCUAAAGUUAUCCUUAAAUGGGCCGAGGAGGGUGGCGUACUUCUAAUCGGUUAUGAAUUGUUCAGACUGCUUGCAUUGAAAUUAAUGACAACACGUAAGCGUCGCAGCAAUAAAGCGGUUAAUUGCGAGAGGAAUGGCAGCGAAAUGAAUAGACGAUUAAUGGAAAGUGUACAUCAGGCACUUGUCAAACCAGGACCGGAUUUGGUUAUAUGUGAUGAAGGACAUCGCAUUAAGAAUGCACAUGCUGGCAUAUCACUCGCACUUAAACAAAUACGUACACGACGUAGAAUUGUAUUAACUGGUUAUCCAUUGCAAAAUAACUUACUCGAAUAUUGGUGUAUGGUUGAUUUUGUGCGUCCAAAUUAUCUUGGUACACGCAAUGAGUUUUGCAACAUGUUUGAGCGUCCCAUACAGAAUGGGCAAUGUAUUGACUCAACGCCCGAGGAUCACAAAUUAAUGCGUUAUCGCGCCCAUGUGCUACAUUCAUUGCUGCUCGGUUUUGUGCAGCGGCGUUCUCAUGUCGUACUGCAACAAACACUACCUAAGAAGUUAGAAUAUGUAGUACUAACGCGAAUGACAUCGUUUCAGCGUCAACUUUACGAUACAUUCAUGAAUGACAUAGUGCGCACCAAGUCUGUUCCUAAUCCGUUGAAAGCAUUUGCAGUUUGUUGUAAAAUAUGGAAUCAUCCAGACGUUUUGUAUAGUUUCUUAAAACGAAAAGAAAUUGAUUUAGAAUUAGAAAUGGAGGAGACUGACGUUAUUGGCGAGCCGCCUAUUGUCCCGCCUGUACUUCCAGUCGCGGUGCCAGGCGAAGCAGAAAAAUCAAUACUGCCACAAGAGGAUAAAUCAAUUGAAUCUGCUAGUACUGACCAAAUGGGUCCAGAUAUCAUGCCAAAAGAACACACAUCCUCGGAAGCUAAUUCGCCAGCACCUGAGUGUAAGAUGUCAGGACAGCAAUCACCAGCAGCGUGUGAGGUGGCGCCACACGAAAUCCAGGCUUUAGUGGUGAACAAACCGAACACUGUAUUUUCCAAUUUGAUGAAGAGCUCACUUUUAUCAGAUCCAUACAAUCAGCAGCAAAACGAUGACCCUUCAUACUUGGGUGGACAUGGCAAUCAUUAUUGGCAAGAAUCUAAUGUUAACUAUUUUCCCUAUCAAUCUGUUACCGAUAAUAUUGAAUCCUUGUCAAAGCCCAAUUACGUUGGCAUGGUACCGCAACGAGCUGAGGAAACGCCGAACGAAACAAAUGAAGGCGGUGGCUCCUCGCAAAUUGUAGAUUUGGAUACGAAGGAAAUAAAAACUGUAGAGACGGACAUCGACAUGACACUUUGUCCGGUCAUUAAAAAUGAGGCACUGCAAGGAGAUAACAAUUCAUUGUUAACAAAUACAAGUAGUGAUGGAACAGGUAUUACCAGUGCAGAUUCUUUGAUAGAAGAUGUUAAAUUGUUGACUAGCGCAAGUACAUUGGGCAAUGAGAAGGAUGCCGGAAAAGGAAAAGCUGAUGACGCUACAUUGCAUGAAUGGGCUAUGGACUUAAUGAAAAAAUACCGACCCGGUUUGGUGGAAAAUUCACCAAAAAUGGAAAUAUUCUUUUGCAUUCUAAAUGAGAGUGUCAGGCUUGGCGACCGAGUGCUCUUGUUUAGUCAAAGUCUCCUAACAUUGAAUUUGAUAGAGACAUUUUUGCAAAUGACGCGUAUGCCGGAUUCGGAUAUGUUUUGGGGACGCGGGCUGUCCUACUUUCGUUUAGACGGUUCCACAACUUCACAAGAACGUGAAAGACUCGUAAAUGAGUUCAAUUCAAAUGCUAGCAUCAAAUUGUUCUUGAUAUCAACCAGAGCUGGAUCACUGGGUAUUAAUCUUGUCGGCGCCAAUCGCGUUAUAGUUUUCGAUGCUAGCUGGAAUCCCUGUCACGACACACAAGCAGUAUAUAGAAUUUAUCGAUAUGGUCAAAGAAAGCCGUGUUUCGUUUAUAGAAUAGUAAUGGAUAAGUGUUUAGAAAAGAAAAUUUAUGAUAGACAAAUUAAAAAGCAAGGAAUGUCCGAUAGAGUUGUCGAUGAAUGCAAUCCGGAUGCACAUCUAUCCAUACGAGAUAUAACCAAUCUCUGUCAUGAUUACGAUGAUGAUGAAAAAAUUCAAUCGGAAGUGCCAGAAUUCACAACACCGCUCGAAUCAUUUGAGGAUGUUCUAAUACGCAAAAUUGUCGUUGAGCACAAAACUAGUUUAUCCAAGGAACCAUUCUUCCAUGAAAGUCUGUUGAUUGAUCGAAAAGAGAAGAAAUUGUCACAGGCUGAGAAAAGGCAAGCUCAUCGUGGCUAUGAGAUGGAGAAAAAGGCCAGCGUUAAGCAAGCAUUUUGUGCACCCGUUAAGAAUCAGUAUCGCAUUGUGCGUAACGAUGGCAGUAUUGUAACGCGUCCUGUGGCAUCGAUACGACCAAUGCAAACAACCAAAACUAUGCCUGCAACAAAAAGUGGCGGCAUACGGACAACACGUUGGAUACCAGCUGAAGUUUGGCAGCGACAAGGCAUGACUGCACAAGAAAUGACUUUGCCGCUAGACGUCGUCAUACCCACUCAUUCGAAUGACAAAUCGAAUAUUAUAUUGAAAUCCGGUCAGCGCGUUAUGGUAUUAAAAUCAGCGAAAGGAAUAUAUAUGCAAUUGGAAAGUGGGAAAAUAAUUGCAAUACGAACGUCCAGUAAAGCGACAGAGGUAAAUAAUAAGACGGAUAAAGAUGAAGUUAUUGAUAUAACAAAUGAGGGCGAUACCACAUCUGAAAAGAAGAGCGAAGAAACAAAGACGGAUAAUGCAAAUCAGAAGGAAAACGACAACACAGCAAAAGGAUCUCAAAACAGUUGUACUGAAGUCACCGAAAAAUCAACUGGUGGCUUUGACAAAUGCACAGCCGACACUAAUGCAAAGAAAUCACUGGAAUCAAGCUCAGCUAAAAGCAAGGAAUUCCCGCAGGCAAAUCAAUAUAAGGCAGAUUUGCAAAUGCCAAAGGAUGAUAUCAAUACUAAAUUUGAUAGCUUGAAAAAGGUUGAGCAUAAACCGAACCCGAUCAGCAUCGAAAAGGCUUAUGCAUCACAUAUAAACGAUAAUACCACCAAGCAAGAGUUUGCAAAUACAGCGAGAGGUAGCCAAAAAUUACUAGCACCGAAGCCACAACAGCAGCAGCAGCAACAACAAAACCAACAGCAAAUAGAAGAAAGUGUUGCUUUGAAAAAGAAUGAGGGAAAUCAUCAUCAGCAGGAUCAACAUCAUGAGUUGGAGCAGGGAAAGAAAGAAGCAGUUUAUCCUUUAAAACACAGCCUUGAUAAGAAUAACCCACCACAGACAUCACUUAUGAAUCAAAAAUGUCUACCACAAUAUACUAAUAAACCAAUGGCUGAACCAGCACCAUAUCCCUACAAACAAAUGGGUAAUUAUCCACCAUUUUGUGGUCUCACGCCUCCCGAUCUUUCGAAAUACACGAAUCAAAGAGGCGACAUGAUGACACCGACUGAGUCUUUUCAGACUUGUAAUUAUAAUAAACGAAAACUACAAAAAGAGAUGCCAAUAUCUACUGAUUAUACACCUUCGCCCUCAUCAUCAUCUUCGACAGCAGCCGCCGCAGCGGCAGUAGCAGCCAGCGCAACUGCCACAGCGGCAGCAUCAUCGUCAUCUUCUGCAUCGUCCUCAUCACAAAGUCAAGCACUGAAACACAGUCAUUUAAAUGCUGCACAUUCAUCACCAUACGCACCAUCGCCCUAUUCAUCACUAUUCCAUCAACAGCAGCAGCCAAAACUACACCUGUACGGAUCAAAUUAUAAUAUAGACAAUGAACAUUAUAGUAAUUUAACGCAAAAUUCCCCUCAUAGUACACAAAAUUUAAAUCAAAAUCAUAGUCUUAUCGGCGAUACAUUCGGUGCGGUGCAAGAUAAUAGCAGCACAGGCCUUAUGCAUGCAGGCGGUGGCCAAAAUGUGCCCGCGCCGUGUGAUUAUUCGACACAUUUUCCCGACUAUGCUGCCUAUAGUUCAUACAACCAUCCGCAUUAUUUUUCACCUUUUGCCAAUUCGUAUGGCAAUGGUUCGUCUGCGCCAAUCGGUACGAAUCCCUACCAAAUGCAUUGGUCUCCAUUGAUUGGACCAACAUCUAUAAAUGAGCAAUGUAAUCCGGUACACUCGUCCGUUUAUCCUCAGAAUGGUGCACAACAUAAUCAAUGGCAUCACAAAUUAUAAAUAUUGUAGUUAUUAUAAGAAAAAUGUAAUAUCAUCGUACAGCCACAGAAAGGUUUUAAAUUAAUUAAUUUAAUUGCAUGGUAUUAUCCGUAAAUUUGAAAUAUAGAAAUAUGCUAAAAACAAUUAAACUAAA